CAACGCUGUGUGAGGCUGAAGGAUGUUGCAGCGGUGAAAGGUCCGGUCGCGUGUAGUACGGGGCAGCAUGGUCAGAUGCGGUUGAGAUUGGCACCUCGCCAGUGCUACAGCAUGUGCUGCAAGUUCUACCGACGCCAUCUACGGUAGAAGCUUGGUCUGAUGCUUCAUUAUGUGCGUCAAAAAACUUCGGUACGAAGGUACUUGAAGCUCCCAGAACUCACGCUAAUUUGCAGCCGAGACACAAAGAUGUGCCGCGCGCCAGGAUCGUCAUUGCUUCCAGUCGAAGAGCAAUCUGUACCUGAUACUCGAUGCAAGUCGCUGUUUCGAGCAGGUGCAGGACGGUGCUGUUGGUCGAGCAUGCAUAGCGGCACCUACUGCAAGGCUAUGAGAUGUACGCGCAUGCUAAAGGUGUAGCAAGAUCGGCAGAAGGUGUUUGCAAUAGGCAGGACGAAGUGAGGUUGGACAACGUCUCAAAUGAUGCGUGCUGUCACUGGUGCGGCUCUGAGAGGUCAGGCACAACAGCUGGAAGCCAAUCACACUUUGCCCCAAUGUAGUUUCUGUCUCUGGUCGAGAUGCAGGCAUUGCGGAGCUUACCCUUCCCGGCCUUU